UAAUAGAUAUUAGAGUAUAAUUUAACUAAUAUGUUUCAACAACUAUUACCUAAACGAAUAAUUCCUUAUCUUCCAAAAUAUUACCGAUUGGAUUUAAUCAAAUACAUGUCAAAUGAUUCGAAAAAGAAUGGUAAUAAUCAGGAAGUACCAAGUACAGAUCAAUUUGAGAAAGAUUCUUUCCAACUUUCCUAUGAAACACAAGAAGUGAUACAUUUACUUGAAGAAGCAGCCACUUUUGAAGAUGUGGAUAAUAAAGAUUGGAUGACAACACCAUAUCCUAAAGAUACAAAGAUAAAUGUUAAAAAAGAAACUGUACCAAAAAUUAAUCCGAAAGAUACCUCUGUGAUAUUAUUUCCUGGCCAAGGUAUUAUUAAAGUUGGCAUGAUUAAAAAAUAUCUAGGUUAUAAAAAUGCUACAGAACUUUUUGAUGUAGCUAAAGAAAUUAUUAAUUUUGAUUUAUUAAACCUUUGUUUGAAUGGUCCACAAGAAAAAUUAAAUAGGACGCAAUUUAAUCAACUUGCCACGGUAGUAUCAUCUCUGGCUGCUUUGGAAGUAAUUAGAGAAGAAAAACCAAAAGUAUUUGAAAGUUGUAUUGCUACAGCAGGUUAUAGUAUAGGAGAGAUAACUGCUUUAAUUUUUUCUGGAGCUAUAAAUUUCGAAGAUGGAAUUCGGUUAGCAUGGACUAGAGGACAAGCUAUGCAGUAUGCCUCAGAUAUAGUACCUCAAGGAAUGUUAUCAGUGUCAUAUGCAUCAAAAGCACAAGUUCAAAAAGCUUGUGCAGACGCAGAAAAUUGGGCAAUGAAUAUAGGAGUUCAAACCCCAGUAUGCAAGAUUGCUAUUUAUCUAACUACAGAACGGAAAAUAAUAGCAGGAAACAUAGAAGCAUUGAAAUAUAUUGAAGAACAUAAAGAACAAUAUGGUUUUAUUAAUUUGUCUAGAUUACCUGUGUCAGGAGCAUUCCAUACACCAUUAAUGAACCCUGCUUUAAAAUCGGUUUCUAAAAUGUUAAAUUCUAUAGAAAUUCAUGAACCUAGAUGUAGGGUAUAUUCCAAUCAAAAAGCUGCUCCAUACUCAAAUGUACGAUUAAUUAAAAAAUUGAUAAUGAAGCAAAUUGUAUCACCAGUCAAGUGGGAACAGUGUUUACACAAAAUAUAUUCAAGGCCUCCUGAAAUAGAAUUUCCACAAACAUAUGAUAUAGGAUCAAAUGGAAAAAUGAAAACUAUUUUAAAAUUAGUUAACGUAAGAGCAGCGCAAUCAUGUACUGUAAUUUAA